UUUGACAAGCUGUUGUGAAUGUGUAUAGUGUUUUUAAUUUCUGAACCUCCUCUACUUUUCAUAAUUAGCCUUGUUUGCUUUUCUACUUUUAACAGCAAAUCAAUAAAAUGUUUUCCGCGUUGAAAAAACUAACAAGGAGUGGAGAUGAACGAUGCACAGCUCCAAUGCCAAUGUCGUCUUCUUUGCAGAAAAAGUUUUCUAGAGGCGUACAUUUUAAUAUGAAAAUAUUAAUUAAAGGAGACAGAAAUGUUGGCAAGUCCUGUCUCUUACAGCGUUUACAAGGAGGUGCAUUUACUGAAGAGUAUGUCCCUACUGAACAAAUACAAGUUGCACCAAUACAUUGGGCAUAUAAAAACACAGAUUUCAUUGUCAAAGUAGAAGUAUGGGAGGUAGUUGAUAAAGGUCGCACAAAAAAGAAACCUCCCCUUGGCUUAAAACUAGAGAAUCAGUCUACACCAACAGUGCCUGAGGAAGAAUAUGACACCCCUGUGCUAGAUGCAACGUUUUUAGAUGUGUAUAAGAAUGCUAGUGGUGUUAUUCUAAUGCUGGAUAUAACUAAGCCUUGGACUUUUGAGUACGUAGUGAAAGAGUUGAGUCGUAUCCCAGCGGACCUACCAGUGGUGAUACUUGGCAAUCACUGUGACAUGCAGCAUCACAGACAAGUGCAUCCUCAUCACAUUGAACAGGCCUUGUAUCAUGCCAAGACUACAAGGACUGCGCCAAUUCGCUAUGCAGAGUCUUCAAUGAGAAAUGGUUUUGGUUUGAGAUUACUACAUAAAUUCCUCAGUGUUCCAUUCUUAAGACUACAAAAAAGUAGUUUACUGGAACAGUUGCAAAGAAAUCAAAAGGAUAUGGAGGAGAUUGAAACUGAACUUGAUGAGUUUCAGAAUUCGGAGGAGUCCCACUACAACCUGUUCGUGGACCGACUGGCAAACAAGCGGCGACAGAGCGCCGAGCCGGAGCCGCGCCUACCCGAACGAUCCCCUAGCAUUGUACUCGGCGCGGGAAAACCCAUCAUACCGCCUAACGUUAAUCCACUUUUGGCACAGUCUCUGAACCCCAGUGCCGUCAAACCUCAAAGCGCAGAUCAUACACAAGUGAAACAGACUCAAUAUGUGAGCCCAGAUUUGAUAAAGACUAAACCGCCAGUAAGCAUGGAGAUGACCCCAUCCAAACACCUUCAAGACAGCAUACCAUCCACACCAUCGGGUGCUAAUAUGUCCGUGGCCGGUUCAACGGGCGCGUUGGACGAAUUCUACGCGGGCACUCUGGACAGCAGCUUCUUGGAAGACCUCGGACCUAUUGCUCAUACCCACCAGGAGAUAAAUUAUGAGUCUGAUAGCGAUGAGGAUAAUACAACCUUGAAUCCUAAAGUGAUAAUAGACGAAGAUGACCUAGAAUUGGAUAACAGCCCACCUUUUAGACCUGCCGAAGCAGUGGGUGCAGAAAUUGCAAUAUCAAACAAAGAUGACCCAUUGUCCAACAUGUUCUCAAACCAAGCUACAAUAAAUAAAGAGCAUGAAGAAAGUAGCGACAGUCUCUCAAUGCUUCACAGCGAUCAAAAUAUUCACAUGCAUUCUGCUUAUCCACUUUGGGCUGGAGAUUCCAGUGUAAGAAGAUCCCCUGAAGGUGGUGAAGAUCCUGACAAUAAUAAAGAACCUGAUACGAAGAUGGAAAAGAAACACAAAAAGAAAAAAUCAAAGGAUAAAGACAAGGGAGAUUAUAGCGACAAAUCAGAUCGGGCGGAGAAAAAGAGCAAGCACAAAAAGUCUAAAGGCGAUAAGCGGAAUCCACAAAAAGAUUUACUUGCACCGUCAGUUAAUGUGGAGUUUAAUUAUGAAGAAUAUGAUAGCAUUUAGUGAAUACUAAACCAUCUUGGUUACAUUAUGUGAAGAAACGCAAAUAACGGACAUUUGGUAAUAACUAAUAAAAAUAACAAUUAUUGUUAUAUAAUAUUAAAGUCUGACCGCUUAGAGAUUGCGCUUCUGACGCCUGUCAAUGAGAGAGAUAAUGUUGUCUAAGUCUAUGAGAUAUUUAAAAAUCUUUUAUUAACCUUAAUAACGAGUAAUAACAUAAACAUUAGAAUAAUGAUGCCAACUUACAAUAAAUGUAUUAAUUUUGUACUAAAAUUAUUAACAACUAGAGGACACACGUGACUUUGUUAGCGUGAAACUCGAUGUAAAAUUUUAACUACCCCUACCCUAUUUUUUCUGUCAUAAGAACCUUCUCCUGACAAUAACAAACACGUCAAAAAAAAUAGUGAAAUCGGUCCAGCCGUUCACGCAUGAUGGCGUGACCAAGGGAUACAUGGAUUAAUUUAUAUAUAUAGAUUAAUUAAUAUAAAAAGGUGACAUUGACAGGUGUCAGAAACGCAAUCUUCGAGCGGCCGGACUUUAGCGGACACAACUCCGCAUAAUAUUCUGUUUUUCAGAAGUGCCACGGGAGCCGUUGAAUUUUUUAGGAUAAAAGUAACGUAUGUGUUGAUCCAGGAUAAAAUCUAUCUCUAUUUUAAAUUUCAACCUAAUCAGUUUGCAGUUGGGUCAUGAAGUUAACCUUAAUAUUUAGUGUCAAUUGAGUUUUAAGUUACACGUCAAGUUCAUCUGAUACAAAAUGAGCGAAAGCUGGCAUUUUUGUAUAAACUGUUUUUCUUUUUGUUUUUUGAGAAAAAGAAGAGAGCAAUUUGUUUGCAAUAUAAAGCCAACAAAGUUAUCCUAAAUUUUGUUAUGUCUUUAUUUUGCAUAAAGAAGUAUAAAAUUUAAAUACCUAGUAUUCUGUCGCCCUUUGAAACUAUAAAAUAUACCAAACGUCUAUAUUAACACAGUCAAAAAAUUUCCUAUAAUUCUCAUAAUGGUCAAAGAACAUGCUGUGCAUGUUGCUCCAUUCUAAGUUUUUAUGAAACCUUAUGAAAAUCCGUUUAUUAGCUUCGGAGUAGCAUGAAUGGAUGAAAGCCUCUUAAUGUUUGUAAUGUUUUAAGCUUCACUUGUAACUAUUUAAGUAAGAAAAUCUUGGAAUCUUAAUUUGACCCACUUCCCGGUCUUCGAAUAAGAUGAAAUUUUGCACACGCUCUGACUUCUGAUGACAAUACAUGACUAGCUAAGAAACGUCAUUACGAAUCCAAUAUGGCCGCCUCCCCAAGAUGGCAGACUGGCUGUGUGAAAUCCUCCCGCAUGAUUUUCGUAUUCCUGAGAGCAAGUCAGGAAUACGAAAAAAAUAGUCACGUGAAUUAAAUUUACUGAACGUGAACUAAAUUAUAUUCGAUUUGUCCUGUUUGUUAUAAGUAUAAAUAAUAAUAAUAAAGUUCCACUUAAUUUCGAAAUCUCUAUGUCUACUUAUUAAGCUUAUUCAGCUAUUUUAUAUGCGGAUAAUAAAUAUAUAUUAUACCUUCGUUAUUAAGUAAUACUAUACAUAUACUUUUAUUAAAAUAUAUACAAUGAUAAUAAUCAAUUGUAUUAGAUUUAUGUUGCAAAUUACUCUUUCCCCUAAAAUAUUAACCUAUAUGACUUGUUUUAUAUUCACUAUAAUAAAAUUACUGUGAUUGUUUUUAAUCUACUUGAUACAUUAUAAAUAUGUUAGAAGUUAAGAAAAUAUUGGUAUAUUUGAAGUUUCUCAGAAAAAUGUCGAAUUUUUAUUUUGUUAUUUAUUAUCUGCACAAAGCGAAUUUUUUUUCUAAUUAUAUAAUUCUAGUCAUUGCAAAUUCAAUGAAUUUUUAUCGUUCUGAUAAUCGUUCUGUUCUGAUUUUUUAUAAAAAAAAAAGUAUAAUAAUUACCUUCUACUGUUUUUUGAAGGGUUCAAAAACAUCCUUAAUUUGUUAUAUUUUGUUCUUAUGUAUUUGUUCUGUCGCACCUGCUGUUUGUUCUUACUCAAGCAUUAAUUUUUACAAGUUUAAACGAAAUCAUUGUUACACGAUUCGUUAGUACUUAUCUAUAGCUUGGCAAGUUUGUUGAUGACACUCCCAUGACAUGCGGGCGACGGGGGUGAAAGGACUGCGCUACACCCCUACCGGCUCCCGCAGACCAACGGGAGUGUUACGAACGAAUUUGCCAAGCUAUACUUAUAUGUAAACUAUUUUUACCUGGCAUAUCAACAUAUUUACUCACUGUAUUCUGUAGUUUACACUUGUGGUGUCUAUGAAGUGAUGCACGUUGAUUUGACGUCUGGCGCAGUUGGUGGUGAUGUGGCUUUCAAUUCUGAAGUCCUGGAUUCGAUUUUCAGAUCGUACCAUCAAAAUGGACGGAUAGGUCAUUGACACGCAAAAAUUGUCAUUUUCACACAGAGGCCUAUCUCUAAUCUAAUCUCUAAUUUGUGAUCCGUCCUUCCAAAGAUAGAUUGAUUUUUAAGAUAGCAAACUCUAUCACAGGAUAGCUUAUUGGAAUGCUUUAUGUAAGAAAUGGAUUGAUAUAUCAAUCUUAGAUAAGAAAAAACGGAUUAGGUUAAUGAUUAUUAAUUUCGGGCGUUAGCCUUUUAGCAUGGUGCCGCGUAAAAUCCGUCGCAGGCAACCGUAUAGAAUUAACUUGUACCUCGUCCAAGUAAGCCCGCUUCCAUGUUAGACUAGCUAAGUAGCAAUAUGAUUCUCUUUCUACGAUCGCAAACGCUUCGAAAACUAGAAAAAUGUAUGAGAAUGACAGAUCUUGAUCACGUGACCUGUCGAUUCUAAAUGUAAUUUCCAUACAUUUUUCUAGUUUUUGAAGCGUUUGCUAUCGUAGAAAGAGAAUCGACGUGCCACUUGACUACAGGGGCAGGGCCUGAAUGUGGUACGUCGAUUCUUUUUUUACAAAGGCUUCGAAAAUUUAAAAAAUGUAUGGGAUUGACAUUCUCUCUAUCUACAGCUGGCCUAUUCACUAUGUUUGUCUUUAUUGUCAACCUAUUAAAAUAAACAUCAAAUCAAUUGACCAAAUGGCAUUAACCUAUUGUGUGAUAUCCACCAGCAAGCACCGGAUAGUGAAUAAGCCUGCAGGUCACGUGAUCAAGUUGUCGAUCGGAUCUGUCAUUCCCAUAUAUUUUGUUAGUUUUCAAAGCGUUAUCAUUUGUAGAAAUCGACGUUUCACAUGGCUACAGGCUCAGGUAAGAUAGCAGCUAAGGGUUACUUGUCAUAAUAGCACGUGACGUCGCACUUGCGUUCAUUCAUAGACAACACACACGAACAAUGUGUGAAUGUGUUUAUGAGCCAGGUUGAAUAUUUAGCUAUAUUACAAUUUUCCAUAAUUAUCUUGACAUUAUAUUGUAAGAUUGACCAUGUGGUGUAUUAAACAUGUUAUGCUGCUCCUACACGCAGUGGCGUGCACUUCAUAGAUGUUAAAAUGCACUGCCUACCUUGAAGGCUCAAUAUGACCGUGUAUUAGAGAAGAGAUUUUCCGUUCUGUACAAUUUGUACGUAUAAUGCAUACCCUAGCUAAAAACCUUGUGCACGCCACUGCCUACACGAUGGACUAUUCCUGGUGGGCCUUCAUGUAGAGGGGGUAGUGGCGUUUGAUGGCUUAUGGUGCGUGCGAUAUGGCAUUUUUGUCAGUUUUUCUGCCGCAUAUCAAUGGAUAGUGGGCCAGUGAUGGCGAUACCUACACUUCUACAAGUAGCUCACUGUUCGAGUGUUUGAGAUGAAAAUUGACUUAUACAGUUAUACCUGUUGUGAUGGUCGACUUCAAAAAAGUAGGUAGGUCUCAUUCGACACGCAUGUUUUUUUAUUGUUUGUCCUAACUUCGUCAUUUACUAACCAAUUUUAAAAAUUCUUUUUUUUUUCAAAGAGUAUACUUACAGAUUGGUCCCAUUUAAUUUCUAUGAAAAUCGGUUUAGUAAUUUUGUGUUAAAAUCCAAAUGACUGAAAUACAUCUUUGAAGUCGGUUCCAUAUUUAUGUAAAAAAAGAUUAUUUAUUAUACACUAUGAAGGCAAUUGAUAAAGAAAACUCUAAAUAAAUAGAUGGAACGAUGAUAGCAUCUAUUUUGUUCCAACAACUAAUGUACACUGAAAGUUGCCAUUGUGUCAAUACGUUACAAGUUAAAACCAUAGCAUAGCAUUGCCUUGCCUACCAGCGGCGAAAUGUCCAUACAGGCCGAUUCCAUCCGGGUUACCUUUUAAAAAACCAUCGUUAUCAACCCAUAUUCGGCUCACUGCUGAGCUCGAGUCUCCUCUGAGAAUGAGAGGGGUCAGGGCAAUAGUCCACCACGCUGGCCUAAUGCGUAUUGGCAGACUUCACACACGCAGAGAACUAUGAAUAUACGAUGAUAAUAAUGAUUAUACGCUGGAUGUAUGAGAAACCGAUGUUAGUAUCAAGCUGUAUGAAUCUCUUUUUCUUUGGGACGGCUUACCUUUCUCAAAAUUCCAUCCUUCGCCACUGUUGCCUACCAUUUGAUGUGCCAGUGAUGGCUUGUCGUGUAGUGGCAGCAUUAAGUGUUAACCAACGUCCAAUAGACCAUCAAUGUGUCAGAAAAGACAAACAAUUACUGUAUGAUAAAAGAAAUAUUGUAUUGAUGUGAAGUUAAAGUUUUAAAAUGCUUGUUAUAGUGUUAUACAUAUAUUUAUUGUGGUUAUGCUUGUUGUGAAAAUACAUUUUUACUGCAUCA